AUGGGCCAAAAACAUCAAUGUGAAAAACAUAAAGGGAAAAUUAGUAAUUAUCUUCUAUUUGACCUUCCUGUGGUUCAUUGCUGGAUGAAUGCUUUUGCACUUCAAAGGACUCAAAGACUUUGCAUCGCUUACAAAGGAGAGCUUGGUGACUACUAUUGCAUGGCUGCAAAAUCGGUAGGACUGCCCUGUCCUGAUUAUAAACGAGUACAUGAGGGAUUUAAACUUGCUUAUACAGAGAUGGCAAAGAAACAUCCAUGUUUUGGGUUUGCAGAAAAGAUGCCCAACAUUGUUUGGUGGAAAACGUGUGUAAAAGAUUCUUUUGUCAGGGCAGGAUAUGAUUAUGAUGAGGAGACUUUUGAGAAGAUUUUCAGACGCAUAUAUGGGACCUUUGGUUCUUCAGCACCUUAUACUGUAUUUCCAGAUUCCCAGCCAUUCUUGAGAUGGCUCCGUGGAACGGGUGUGGCAGUUGGAGUUGUGAGCAAUGCAGAGUAUCGGUAUCAGGAUGUAAUCCUUCCAGCAUUGGGUUUACAACAGGGAUCUGAGUGGGACUUUGGCGUGUUCUCAGGCCUCGAAGGUGUAGAGAAGCCAGACCCCAGGAUAUAUCAGAUAGCCCUGGAAAGGGCUGGAAAUAUUGCUCCUGAAGAAGCUCUGCACAUUGGAGACAGCAUACGCAAAGACUACUAUCCUGCAAGGAGUGUGGGAAUGCAGGCUUUAUUGUUAGACAGAUUUAAAAUACCCGAAGCUGAAACUUGGAGGAAAUCUGGUGCUACUGUAUUACCUGACUUGGUGGCUGUAAAAGAUUGGCUUUCUUCUGAACAUUUGAAAUGCUAA